AUGGCCAGCAAACCGAAGUGGACGGCGGUGGAUUAUGCAAAACGUGUAGCGAUUUUUUUUAAUUUCUUACUUGUUAUUUGUGGUCUAAGUAUGCUGAUUUUUGGAGCAUGGAUUAAUGCUACCAAUAGUGAAUUUCAUAUCUAUACUGGCGAUGGAGGAUACAUUUCUACUUCAGUUUUACUAAUAAUAGGAGGACUAGUGAUCGCCGUUUUAGGUGCUAUCGGCUGUGGUGCGUCUUAUCGUGGAAGCUGCCGUUUAAUUCUGGUAUAUUUUGGCAUUUUAAGCACGCUAUUUCUAAUUGAGGUUAUUAUUGGAUGUGUUAUCUAUGGUCAGCACGACAGUAUGAUGCUUGCUGCUCAAAACGGCCUAAAUCUGACGAUAACAUCUCAGUAUGGAUUUAAUCAGCCGGUAACUAAUUCCAUAGAUAGACUUCAACAGCGAAGAAAGUGUUGUGGUACCAAAUCUUGGAUGGAUUGGCGCUACUCACUAUGGCGUAAGAAUGAGUCACUGCAUGAUAGAAACUUCGUUCCAGAAAGUUGCUGUAUAACAGUAUCUCGCAGUUGUGUUGUUACGACAAGUCCAUCGAACAUCUACUAUAAGGGCUGUGGGACAGCACUGUCGGAGUUUGUUGAUGAAAAUGUGUAUGUAAUCGGUGGUGUUUGUUUCGCAUUGGGUUUUAUCCAAGCUAUUGGAAUUAUUCUGACGUUCUAUUAUUAUCUAAAGUUGAGAGAAGCCUAA